GUGAAGAAAAUGUUAAGAAAUUCAUCCCCAUUUUGGUUUGCUCUCUUAAUUUGGUCAUUCCUUGCAAUUAAUCUUUGUACUUCUUCUAAUGUUAUAUCGGCUUUGAAGUUUUCAAAGGAUGUAUCAUCAUCUGAUCAUGAUAGGAGAUUUCAUUUCGCUACGAAAGAAGAAAGAGGCACAAUAGCGGAGACUGAGGAUGGAGUAAUUUCAUCUGUUCGAAUCAGUGAUGGUUUUAACGGAACUUAUCACCUCCAGUUUAUUACCUUGGAACCAAACUCUCUCUUUCUCCCUGUACUUUUGCAUGCAGAUAUGGUGUUCUAUGUACACUCAGGGGGUGGGAGUAUGAGAUGGAUUGAUGAAGAAAACAAGAAAAAUCAUAUAGAUGUUGAAAAAGGUGAUAUAUACAGGUUUCCUUCGGGGUCGGUCUUCUACAUGAGAAGCAACUUAGAAUCAACAAGGGAAAAGCUAAGGGUUUACUCCAUCUUCACUGAUUCAAACAUUGAAAAUCCUCAGAGCUUGUAUAUUGGAGCAUACUCAACUAUAAAUGAUCUAGUCCGUGGGUUCGAAAACAAAGUCCUGCAAACAGCUUUUAAUGUUCCUGAAGAAGUUCUGGACGAGAUUACAAAGGCUAGUAAGCCUCCAGCAAUUGUACAUUUAACAACCACCACCAAGGACAAACAUUCUGAAGAUGAGCUUGAUUGGAGAUCAGGAAUUAUUGAAAGUUUAGUCAAAAGAGGUAGCAAUAGUAGUAGUAGUUCAUCAGGAGAUGAUUAUUCUAACGGGAAAAAGAAGAAGAAAACCAAAACCGUCAAUCUUUUUAAAAGGAAACCAGAUUUUUCAAAUUGCAAUGGAUGGAGUGUUGCUCUGACCAACAAAGAUGUCAGUGCACUAAAAGAUUCUGAUAUGGGUAUUUUCAUGGUGAAUCUUACUAAGGGUUCAAUGAUGGGUCCACACUGGAAUCCAAGAGCUAGUGAGAUAGCAAUAGUUACACAUGGACAAGGUAUGAUAACUGUGUUCUGUCCUAGUAAUGCAAAUGAAUCGGGGUGCAAAAACAUGAGGUUUAAGGUUAAGGAAGGAGAUGUUUUUACUGUUCCAAGAUUCCAUCCGAUGGCUCAGAUGGCAUACAACAAUGAUUCAUUGGUUUUCAUGGGAUUCAAUACAAAUGCAAGGCAAAACCAUCCACAAUUCUUAGCUGGAAAAAGCUCAGUUUUCCGAACUCUGAAUAAAGAUAUAUUGGCCAUGUCUUUCAAUGUUCCGAAUACAAGGAUGGAGCAGUUGUUGGGUUCUCAGGUCGAGUCGAUUAUACUAGAGUGUGUCUCAUGCGCCGAGGAAGAGGAGGACCGGAUGAGGGAGGAAGAACAGAGGGAAAGACGCGAGGAAGAAGCAAGGGAGAGAAAAAAAGAGGAAGCAAAGAGACGAGAGGAAGAGGAGAAGGCUAGGGAGAGGCAAGAAGAAGAGGAAAGGAAAAGGGAAGAAGAGGAAACUAGACGUAGACGAGAAGAAGCGAGGAGGGAGGAAGAAGAAGCUAAGAGACGAGAGGAGGAGAGGCAGGCAGAGGAGGCAAGAAGAAAGGAAGAACAGCAGAGAAAACAAGAAGAGGAAGCUAAAAGAAGACAAGAAGAAGCGAGGAGGGAGGAAGAAGAAGCCAAGAGAGAAGAGGAAAAGAGGCAAGAGAGGGAGAGGAAGCAAAGAGAAGAACAGGAAAGACAAGAAAAAGAGGCUCAGCAACAAGAAGAGGAAGCUCAAAGAAGGCGAGAAGCAGAAGAAGCGCAAAGAAGACAACAAGAAGAGGAAGCCAGAAGAGCAGAGAAGGCUCGAAGACGGCAAGAAGAGGAGGCCAGGAGAGAAGAGACGGCAGCUCGAAGACGGCAAAAAGAAGAGGCCAGGAGAGCAGAGGAGGAGGAGGCUCAAAGGCAGGAAAGGCAAGAAGAAGCAGAAAGUAGAAGAAAGGAGGAAGAGAGACAACAAAGGGAAAGAGAGAUAGAAGAGGCAAAAAGAACCAAGGAAGAGAGACAACAAAGGGAAAGAGAGAUAGAAGAGGCAAAAAGAGCUGAGGAAGAGAGACAACAAAGGGAGAGAGGAAGAGAAGAGGCUAGACAAGAGAGACAGCAAACUGAAAGAGAAGAAGAGGAGGCCAGAAGAGCUGAAGUAGCGAGACAACAAAAGGAAAUAGAGAUGGAAGAGGCAAAAAGAGCCGAGCAAGAGAGACAACGAAGGGAGAGAGAAAGAGAAGAGGCUAGACAAGAGGAAGAAGAGAGGAGAGGUGGCGGUGGAGAAGAGACCAGAAGGGUUCUAAGAGAAAGAGAAGAGGCUAGACAAGAGGAAGAAGAGAGGAGAGGUGGCGGUGGAGAAGAGACCAGAAGGGUUCUAAAUCCACGAAUAUAG